UACUGUAGUGUGUGGAACAAGACAAUAGAAUGGCAGAAGUUGCUCCCGCUCCCGCGCCGGCUAAAGCCCCCAAGAAGAAGGCACCUAGGCCUAAGAAAACUGGACCAAGUGUGGGUGAGCUCGUCGUGAAGGCCAUCUCAGCAUCCAAGGAAAAGAAGGGGGUGUCUUUGGCUGCCCUGAAAAAAGCUUUGGCCGCUGGUGGAUACGAUGUGGAGAAGAAUAACGCACGCGUCAAACUGGCAAUCAAGAGCCUGGUGACAAAGGGCACGCUGGUUCAGACCAAAGGAACCGGUGCGUCCGGCUCCUUCAAGCUGAACAAGAAACCGGCAGAGGCCAAGAAGAAGGUGGCGAAGAAACCUGCAGCCAAAGCCAAGAAACCAGCGGCAAAGAAACCUGCAGCCGCAAAGAAGCCCAAGAAGGCAGUGGCUAAGAAGCCUGCAGCCGCCAAGAAGUCCCCGAAGAAGGCCAAGAAACCCGCUGCGCCCAAGAAGGUCACAAAGAGCCCGAAAAAGGCAAAGAAGCCCGCCGCUCCCAAGAAGGCAGCUAAGAGCCCGAAGAAAGCGAAGGCGGCUAAGCCCAAGGUGGCCAAACCUAAAGCCGCCAAACCCAAGAAGGCUGCUCCUAAGAAGAAGUAA